UUGCACGGGGUUAUGUACUAAUUAUUUAUCCGCCGUAGUUCCUCUUUCGUUCGUCCCUCUUAUUUUUGUGGUCAAAGAAUCCCAAAUUCCCAGUAUCAAAACGAAGAUUUCGAGUUUGUUGCAUCUAGGGUUCCGAUAUGACGACUGCAGCUAGACCUACCUGGGCGCCGGCGAAAGGUGGGAACGAACAAGGUGGAACUCGAAUAUUCGGUCCAUCUCAAAAGUAUUCUUCCAGGGAUAUCGCGUCACACACCACCUUAAAGCCCAGGAAGGAAGGCCAAGAUACCCAAGAUGAGCUGCAGAAGAGGAAUCUCAGGGACGAAUUGGAAGACAGGGAGAGGAGGCAUUUUUCUUCAAAAGAGGACAGAGAACGUCGGAAGGGAGGCCAUCUUCUUUUAGAAGGACCUAGGAGGGAAGUCGAAGACCGUAUUGUUCCAAGAAGUGUAGAUGCUGAUGAUGCUGAUGUGGAUGCUCAGACUGACGACAGUGAUGACGAUGAAGACGAUGAUGGGGAUGAUGAAGAAGCACUUUUAGCUGAGCUUGAGCGAUUAAGGAAAGAGAAAGCCGAGCAGAAAGAACGAGAGCCUACUGCAAAAUUGAAGAAGACUCCAUAUGGAUCUGCACCCGUGCAUGUGUGGCUUAGAUAUGUGUCUGUGCAGCUGUCUUGCAAGACCAAACAGGCAUAUGAUGCUUAUUUGAGCGGCAAAGGCAAGAAGAGGAGCUCAAAGCUAAGGAAGAACAAUUGCUGCUUGGAAAUCCCCUUCUAAAUAACCCAACUUCCUUCAGUGUGAAGAGAAGGUGGGAUGAUGAUGUGGUCUUUAAGAACCAAGCUCGUGGGGAGGCGAAAACACCCAAGAGGUUUAUCAACGACACAAUCAGAAAUGAUUUCCAUCGGAAAUUUCUGCAGAAGUACAUGAAAUAAAUAUUCAGUGACCAUGUUUAUGAAUCUACCGUGUGAUUGCAAACAAAUAUGCUACGACAAACUCUGUUUGGGUCCGAGUGUUCGACAUUCUCGUUUUAUCCAUUACUGCGUUUUUUUCUUUUCCUGAUUGGAAAUUUCCUUGAAGAUCAUUGUGUAAAAGUUUGUGACAAAUGUAUUCGGUUCAUGGUUAUGCAUAUUAUCAAAAUAGUAAUAGUAAUUAACAGGGUCGUCUCCAGAAAUUUACAUGCUUACUAAAUGAUAUGAAUGAGUACAUGGUUAUGAAUCAAAUAAUACAUUUGAA